AUGUUCCGCCAAUUCGGUCUCCUUGCCCUUGCUUUCCUACCCUUCUCCUUCGCCCAAGUCUCUGAUGACUUCGAAGGUGGAUUGGACGCAGCUUCGUGGCCUACAUACGCGAACGACUGUAACCAGGGCGGUAAAGUCACACUUGAUAGCUCUACCGCUCACAGUGGGAAGAAUUCCGUGAGGGUUGAUGGUGCCGGUGGUUACUGUGGACACAUCUUCUUUGGCACGACGAAAGUCCCCAGCGGAGAUGUUUACGUGAGGACUUAUCUCAAAGCCUCUAAAGCCUUGACCGAUUCUCACGUCUCUUUCAUCACUAUGCCUGACUCUUCCCAAGGCGACAAAAAGCACCUCAGGAUUGGUGGUCAGAGCAAGAUUCUAAUGUACAACCGCGAAUCUGAUGAUGCUACUCUUCCCGACCUCUCCCCGCAAGGCAUUGCCGCUUCCACUGCCCUUCCUACCGGCGACUGGCAAUGCUUCGAGUACCACGUGGGAACCGAUGGCACCAUUGAGACUUGGCUGAACGGCAAAGCUAUUGAUGGUCUUACUGUCAAAUCUGGUAGCAACAAUGCCAACGCAGGCCAGUGGCAGAGAGGCACCGCCAAGCCUAAAAUCACCGGUGUCUACUUUGGAUGGGAGUCCUACGGCGGUGAUACUAACACCUUCUGGUAUGACGAUGUUGCCGUCAGCUCGACGCGUGUUGGAUGUGAUGCAUGA